AUGAGUGCUGGCGGGAUUUAUGAUGCUAGCGGAAACGAUCCGUUGGUGUUUGACCUGGGAUCUCAUUCAAUACGUUUUGGGUUCUGCGAUCGCAAUUCGCCACACUCAGAUAUACCAGCCGUGGUUGGCACCCUGUUGGAUGGCACCGAGUCGACUGAGCGCCGUACUGAUCGUAUUAAGGAGAGUUUAACGUAUUAUGUGAACACCAACACUUUGUGCGUCCCUCGUGAAGGCAUGGAACUUAAAAACAUUAUGCUCAAUGGUUUAAUCGAAGAUUGGGAUGCGUUUGAAUACCUAAUGGAUUAUGCUUAUUCAAAGUGCUUGUUCACUGAUCCUCAGUUUCAUCCUGUUGUAUUUACUGAAUCGCCAAUAAAUACAAAACAAAAAAGAGAGAAACUAGCGGAAUUAAUGUUUGAAAAAUACAAUGUGCCAGGGAUUAUGGUUUGCAAGAAUGCUGCAGCAGCAGCUUUUUCUUGUACCAUCCCAACAGGUAUUAUUGUUGAUAGUGGUGCUACACAUACAUCUGCCAUCCCAAUAUAUCAAGGAUAUGUAAUAUGCAACGCUAUUGUCAGUACUCCAAUGGGGGGAAAUUUCAUUCUCAAAAGAUGCCAACAGCACUUCUAUGAUAAUAAAAUUGAUGUGAUUCCAAAUUAUCUUGUUGCUAAUAAACAACGGGUAAAACCAAAAACAGCACCGAUAUGGUCUAGAAAAAAUAUGCUCCCCAAAGUAACUGAUACUUGGCAUAACUACAUGUGUAAAUCAGUUCUUGAAGACUUUCAGCAUACUGUGUUAGAAGUUGCUGAAGAUCCACUUCAUAAUGAUAAAUUAUCUAACUUACCUACAUGUCAUUAUGAGUUUCCUAAUGGUUACAAUCAAGAAUUUGGCGAUGAAAGAUUCAAAAUACCAGAAUUGUUAUUCUGUUCUGAUAUUAAAAAGAAUCACUUGUUCAGCCUAAGUGAAAUUGUCCACCUUUGUGCAUCAUUAUGCAGUAAAGAAAUGAGAGACGAAUUAUAUGGCAAUAUUGUACUAACUGGAGGAAAUUCUUUAAUAAAAGGUUUUCCACGGAGAUUACAUAAAGAAAUUUCUAUGGAUUUAAAAUGUACAAGAUUAAAAUUAACUGCACCUAUCAAUUCAACUGCUAGAAGAUUUGGUGCAUGGAUUGGUGGUUCAUUAUUAGCCACAGGUGAUAAAUUUUAUGAUUUGUGGUUUAGCAGCGGCGAGUAUCAUGAAAGAGGCACAGAUCAAAUUAAUCUCAACCAUCGUUAUAUUUAA